AUGAAGAACCGCAGCUGGUACUGUGCUGGUCUAGAACAGAAUUCUAGUUUUAUAGCCUCUGCCUUACCAUUGGUUUCUCCAUCUCAUCCUCAGAGGAAAUCCAAGAUCACUGCCUCCCGAAAACUCAUGCUGAAGAGCCUGAUGCUGGCCAAGGCCAAGGAGUGCUGGGAGCAGGAACAUGAGGAGCGAGAGGCGGAGAAAGUGCGUUAUCUAGCGGAGCGCAUCCCCACGCUGCAGACCCGAGGCCUGUCCCUCAGCGCCCUUCAGGACUUGUGCCGAGAACUACAUGCCAAGGUGGAGGUGGUAGAUGAGGAACGAUAUGAUAUCGAAGCCAAAUGCCUCCACAACACGAGGGAGAUUAAGGACCUGAAGCUCAAAGUACUGGACCUCCGAGGGAAGUUCAAACGUCCACCGCUGCGUAGGGUGCGGGUCUCUGCAGACGCCAUGCUCCGAGCCUUACUGGGCUCCAAGCACAAGGUGUCCAUGGACCUACGGGCCAACCUCAAGUCUGUGAAGAAAGAGGACACAGAAAAGGAGCGACCAGUGGAGGUGGGAGACUGGAGAAAGAACGUGGAGGCCAUGUCUGGCAUGGAAGGCCGCAAGAAGAUGUUCGAUGCUGCCAAGUCCCCAACCUCCCAGUAGAGGCUGGCUUGCCGCAUGGCGCUCUGGGGUCAUGCUUCGGUCUCCUUCUUCCAGCCCCACUCACCUAUCUUUUUGCCCGUGCCC